CUUCAACAUCAUGUUCAUUUGAGACUUUCCACGGUUGAUAAGAACAUGCGGGUCGUUGCCGCCGCCGCCGCCGCGGUGACUUCCAUGGUGACAGCUCUAGCGGUCAAGGAAGAGUACUUGAUCUUCGAGGAGGACUUUGACUCGACCUUCGACUUGUCCGUGUGGAAGCACGACAUCACGUUGGGUGGGAACGGCAACCGCGAGUUUGAAGUGUAUGUAAACAGCCGCAACAACUCGUACGUGAAGGACGGCAAGCUCCAUCUUCGUGCGACGUUGACGGACGAAGCAUACGGUCGCGAAACCAUCGAGAACGGAGUGAUGGAUCUAUGGGGAACUUCUCCGUAUAGUUCGUGCAGUUCGCCUCAGUUUGCAGGAUGUCGCAAGGAAGCGAACGGCCACGACAUUUUGCCGCCAGUGCAAAGCGCGCGGAUUCAAACUAUGGAGAGCUUUUCAUUCAAAUACGGGCGUGUUGAAGUGCGGACAAAGUUGCCACGGGGCGAUUGGCUUUGGCCUGGCAUUUGGAUGAUGGCGAAAGACAACCGAUACGGGCCAUGGCCAUCGUCGGGCGAGCUAGACAUCAUGGAGUCCCGAGGGAAUGGCCCCGACUACACGGACGACAAGGGCAACCCCAUUGGGAACAAUCGGUUUUCCGCGUGUUUUCACUUUGGCCCAGCGUGGAACAAGGACGGGUACCCCGUGGCCGUGAACGACACGCAAGCGCUGCCCGACCACCGCAGCUAUGGGGAUGAGUUUCACACGUUUGGGUUUUACUGGGACGAAGAUGACAUGUAUGCGUACGUGGACUCGCCCGAGAACGUUGUCACACGGGUCGCAGAAUAUGGGAAAAAAUCAUUUUGGGACAUUGGCCUCGAGUCGGGCGCGUGGAACGCCAGUGACUCGUUCAACAACUUCCAGGAAGGGCCAAUCAACGCGCCAUUUGAUCAGGAAAUGUACUUAAUCAUGAAUGUGGCCGUGGGCGGCACGUCCAUCGCCAAGGGGUUCCUCGAUUCAGGGUACUUCCCAGACGACCAAGGGGACAAACCUUGGCACACGAACGAUUCGUACCCAGCGGCCAACUUUUACCAUCAAAAAGAUAAGUGGUUUCCGUCGUGGACGACCAACCAAGAUGGGACAAACUCGGGCCGAGCCAGCGACUUCUCCGCCAUGCAAGUCGACAGCGUCAAAGUGUGGGGUAUCCGCGGACUCACGACAUUCACCAACUCGAAGAACGCUGUGCAUCGAUAUGACGACACAACGACCGCGACGACCACGAUUGACUGCUCGACGACAUGUCCCUAUGCAAACACUGUGGCCACAUGUUUCGACCGGUCGACGGCCUCGUGCUUUGCCACGUCAUCAGCCUGCUUUGCUGGCACCACGCCAUGUACUUUGCCUACGGAGCGCUUGGUGUUUUCCGACUCAUUUGACACGUUGGAUCUGGCCAAAUGGCAGCAUGAGAUCACCAUGACAGGUCACCGCACUUCGUUUAUGCACAUGUCAACGGCAGACCAAGCCAAUUCGUUUGUGGCCAAUGGCCAUCUCGUGCUAGCGCCGACGCUGAGUGCGCCCGUGGUUGGCUUUCUCGAUAAUAGCACGGUCGAUUUGUGGGGCACGUCGCCUGCGACACUGUGCACGUCGAAUUUUAACCACGGAUGCCUCCAGACAGGCACUGGGGCCAAUAUUUUGCCGCCUAUUAGAUCGGCUACGCUCCGCACCGAGAAGAGCUUUAGCUUUCGAUAUGGACGUGUUGAAGUACGCGCGAAAGUACCCACGGGCAAAUGGCUCCGCCCAGUGUUUCGACUUUUGCCCAAGUACGAUAGCUACGGCGAGUGGCCUCAAAGCGGCGAGGUUGUCCUAUUUGAAGGUCGAGAGGAUGGCCAAGCCGUGGAAAGCCGCGUGCAUUACGGUCCUUUCAACAUGUCGACGGGAUCGGCGCCGCAACUCACGCGAUUUAACCGGAUGAACAACCAAACCAACGACUCGGAUGACGGAUUUCACCUGUAUGGACUAUACUGGGACGAACAUGAGCUGUACAUGUACGUGGACUCGCGGGAGAACAUUGUAAGCCGCGUCCACGGGUACGGCACUUCGUCGCUGUGGCAGUCGCAGUGGGGACCUGCGAACGACACGUCGCCGUACCGCCAGCAGCGACUCCAGGCGCCGUUCGAUCAGCAUUUUUACCUGAGUGUGGGGCUUCGCGUGGGCGGCACAGACGGCUUCUUUCCAGAUCAUGUGGAUGGGAAACCGUGGAAUGAUUCGUCGAGCCGCCAUAAAGAAACAUUUGACAAGGCAUUGCCAGAGUGGGGACCAACGUGGAGUACGAAACCUGAUGCAUCUUGGUUUGAAAUCGAUCAAGUGUCAGUAUGGGCCACGUCGGCCGCCAGUAGCUGGACUUAUCACGGGUCAUUUGGCCAGGCGAGAGAAGUCGACGGGGAUAAGCUGCUCUUUUCCGACAGCUUUGCGACACUGGAUAUGCGACACUGGAAGCCCGAGAUCACGAUGAACACUGGCGGCGAGUUUCAAAUGUAUGUAAACCACCGCCAAGUCGGAUUUGUUCGCAACAAGACGCUGGUCCUGCGUCCGGCGCUAAGUGCCGAUAUUGUCGGCAACGCGUCGCUGUUUGAGGGGUACAUGGACAUGUGGGGCACGGACGUGCCGAGCAAAUGCACGGCGGCGGCGGCGUCCGGCUGCGGGCACGUGAGCUCUGCCGCCGAUAUGGCGCCGCCGAUCCAUUCCGCGUCGUUUCGAACAGCCGAAUCGUUUGCAUUUCAGUAUGGCCAUGUUCAGAUCAGUGCGACGAUGCCCCACGGCGCCGCCUACUUGAUCCCCCGACUGCGCCUUGUGCCAUUGACACGUGACCAAGGCUGGCUCGAUAUUGCCGUCGCCAAGACGGAGAAAACGUCAUCGCAGACGGUGGUUGCGACAGGGUUUUGCACCAACUCUACAGCCUGUGAUAUUGCGUAUCAUGACAUUAGUCCCAGAUCAACGCAUAUAUACGGCGUGAUUUGGAAUGCCACGGAUACUCUGGUAUAUAUUGACUCCCCUGCCCAAGUUGUGUGGCACCGCCCGACACCCCCCAGUAUGCACCAAGACAUGUUUGUGGUGGUGCAGAUGGGCGUCGGCGGCGUGAGUACGCUGCCUCACUACUCGUUUGAACACUCGAAGUCCCCGCCCUGGAACGCGUCGGCUCCGUACCCGCACACGCAAUUCUACCACGCUAAAAACCAAUGGUGGCCAUCUUGGGCUGAUCCCACUCACGACGACGGCCACACGGUAGGCGACCACGCCGCGUUGCACGUCCAUGGCGUGCAUGUAUGGUCUGUCCCAGGCACCAAAUGGCGGGCGCGGCGGCUGGUGGGCGAUCCGGACGUGGCGUCGGCGUUGGUUCAGGUCGAUCCGCCGCCGUCCCCCAAGCUCACGUCGGCGGUGGUCGCGUUUACAGCAGAGUACACGGGUUUGAACGCGGUUGCGUCUGAGCAUGCGCUGGUGGACAAGUUGAAAUCGUCCUUGUCGAGUUUAUUUCCGGGUUCACAUCAUGUGAUGUAUGGGGCGGUGGUGGUACAAAGCAAUAAGGUGGUGUCGGCUACCGUACAAUUUGAAGCCAAUGGCAACCCGCCAGCCCCCAACACAAUGUUUAAGCUCCACCAUACCCAGGCAUUGGUGCAGCAGCUGCAUUCGAUCCCCAAGAAGAAGGGCAUGAGCUGGCUAUGGGUAGGCGGCGGCGGCGCGGUGCUCGCGGGGGUGCUGCUGCUGCUCGUCGCGCCAUUGCGAGCCAAAGUGAUGCGCCGACGCGAGUACACGGCGAUCCCAGAACCCUAGGAAAAGGUUAACGAGAUGAAUAAUAAGGUUGGAAAACAACACUCAUUGUGAGAGAG